AUGGCGCUUAGCCCUGCAAUUUCUCUCCAAAACCUUCCUCCUUCCUCUCCUGCUCCUAGUCGAGAUGAGGAUGGCCCGAUCUGUCGAAGUGACCUCCAAUUAUUAAAGCAAGACAUCCAUAAAUAUUUUAAGGAUGCCAUUGUGGAAUAUAUUAAACCCUUGAAAGAGAAAGUGCAGGAGCUUAUGGAGGACCUAGCCACUACCGCUAAAAUAGCGGAGAAAACAGCGGAGCUGGGGCUGUCUAUUAAAGAGGAGCUCAUUUCUGUAAAAAGCAACGAAAUGAAGCUGCAAAAUAGAAUCUUGGAUUACUACUCCGCCCUAUAUUCCUCCUCUAUUGAGGAUGAUCUGGACUUCAAAACUUUUCUAAAAAAUACUAACUAUGACAGGAAAUUAUCAAAAGAGGACUCUGACUUCAUGGACAGGUCAAUUUCAGAAUCAGAAAUUAUGGAAGCAAUCUCGUCUAUUAAAAACAAUAAGGCUACGGAGUGUGGAAAGAGAUUCAAUCGGAAUAGCCAUCUUGAAACGCAUCUGAGAACCCACACAGGGGAGAAACCUUUUGAAUGCUGGGAGUGUGCAAAGAGAUUUAGUGCAAGUUAUGCUCUUCAAAAACAUCAGAGAAUCCACACAGGGGAUUCUUUUGAAUGCUCAGUGUGUGGAAAGAGAUUCAGUCGGAGUGGCAAUCUUCAAAAUCAUCAGAGAACCCACACAGGGGAGAAGCCUUUUGAAUGCUUGGAGUGUGGAAAGAGAUUUAUUACGAGUGGCAGUCUUCAGUAUCAUCAGAGAACCCACACAGGGGAGAAGCCUUUUCAAUGCUCAGAGUGUGGAAAGAGAUACAGUACGAGUGGCAGUCUUCAGUAUCAUCAGAGAACCCACACAGGGGAGAAGCCUUUUAAAUGCUCAGAGUGUGGAAAGAGAUUCAGUAAGAGUGGCAGUCUUCAAAGGCAUCAGGGAAUCCACACAGGGGAGAAGCCUUUUGAAUGCUCAGAGUGUGGAAAGAGAUUCAGUCAGAGUGGCAAUCUUCAAAGACAUCAGAGAACCCACACAGGGGAGAAGCCUUUUGAAUGCUCAGAGUGUGGGAAGAGAUUCUGUACGAGUGGCGAUCUUCAAAAGCAUCAGAGAACCCACACAGGGGAGAAGCCUUUUGAAUGCUUGGAGUGUGGAAAGAGAUUUAUUACGAGUGGCAGUCUUCAGUAUCAUCAGAGAACCCACACAGGGGAGAAGCCUUUUAAACGCUCAGAUUGUGGAAAAAGAUUCAGUUGGAGUGGCAGUCUUCAAAGGCAUCAGAGGAUCCACACAGGGGAGAAGCCUUUUGAAUGCUCAGAGUGUGGAAAGAGAUUCAGUCAGAGUGGCAGUCUUCAGUAUCAUCAGAGAACCCACACAGGGGAGAAGUGUUUUGAAUGCUCAGAGUGUGGA